UCCAAGUCACACCAGGUCAUCGGGAUGUGUCUGAGACUGAGAGCUCCUUGAACUCGGCUUGUUAACAAUUUCUACACUUUAAGCUAAAUCUACGUAUAAAUUCGUACACUUCAGUAAUUUAUACCCUGAGAUUUGGCUGCCGCUUUCAUUAUUUUUCUGGGUUGUGGCGAGAUUUGUCAUUCCCUUCUUUCAGUUUUUCUCCCCAGAAUUACAGUUUGGUCCUUCCAAUGCGGCUACUUCUUGUUGGAUUAAACAGAAUGCUUCUCCUUUUCGCUUUAGUUUCUACUUUCUGGUCUUUGAGCAAUGGAAAUGAAAACAAGGAGAAAACUCUAGCUAUUAUAAAACCAGAUGGAUUGCUAGGUAACUAUACAGAUGAUAUCAAGAAAACAAUUCUAGAAUCUGGUUUCUGCAUCCUUAAGGAAAAGAGGGUUCAACUUGAUGAGGACACCGUAGCAAGAUUUUAUGCAGAGCACUCUUCUAAAAACUUCUUUGUAAGCCUUAUAAAGUACAUGACAAGUGGGCCAGUAUUGGUUAUGAUUUUGGAGAAGGAAAAUGCUAUCGCCGAUUGGCGUGCCUUAAUGGGGCCAACUGAUGCACGCAAGGCUAAGAUUACUCAUCCUCACAGCAUCAGAGCAAUGUGUGGCCUGGACAUUGAAAGGAAUUGUGUUCAUGGCUCAGAUUCUCUUAAAUCUGCACAAAGAGAAAUAUUAUUUUUCUUCAGAGAGCUGUCUGCAGUUCAAACAAUGGAGUUGCAGUGGGUUAUAUAAAAUGGAAAAACGUUUAUACUCGAUAUGUGUGUUAUUGGGAUGCCGCAAUCCCAUAUGGGGUUUGAGAUGAGCACAAGCUGGAAUUUUCAUUUUGCUCUCCUUUUGGGGAUAUAUAGGACACAAGCUAGAGGCAUCCCAAUUCCCUUCCAUGAACACCUUUACCAAUAUUAAGGAAUUGCCCCAAAAAAAAGGCAGCGUAAAUAGCCCGGUUGAUUGUGUUGUAGUUUUUUUGAAACUUUCCUUAGCCAAUAAAUCAGAUGGAUGGUGGAGAUUUGACUACAGAGAAAACUUGACAAAUGUUGAUUUGAAAAGAUUUGGUUUUGGUGGAUGUUUAGAUUAACUUUUUAGA